AAUACAAUAGGGUUUAGAACUUUAGGCUGCGUGCGUGCGGUUCCUUCCCAGUUCCCACUUCUCUCACCCAACUGUUCCAGCCGCCUCCCAUCCCCACCUUCGGCCUUCCUGUCCUGUUUCCACCCGCAGCCCGCCUCCUCCACGGUUCCCUCCGGCCUCCCAUCCCCGCCUCCCACCGGCACCGGCGCCUUCUCCGCCUGGACCCCUGGUUCCUCCCUCCGGCAGCAGCAGGCAGCAGCAGCACCGGCGCCUUCUCCGCCUGGUUCCUCCCUCCGGCAGCAGCAGGAAGCAGCAGCACUUUGCCGGCGUCGCUCAGUUCGCCAGGCUCGCCUCUUCCCUCGUUUUUCCCUCCGUCAGCAGCAGCUCCUCCAUUGUUACAAAUAAGAUCAAAAUCCGAUUCAAGGUGUAACAUUAAGCAUUCCAACAAUAUUGUCUUAGUUAAUCUGUGGGAGCAAUGGAAGAUGGGAGAGGCCAAAGAGAGGCGCUGACACUUGUGGCAAGAAAGCCCAGUUUCUCGCUGCCCACCGCUUGCCCCAACUGUCUGCCUGCUUACAUUUAUCUUAAAUUUGCCAACAUCCCUUUCACUUUGGAAUUCAAUCUCAUCCAUCCUGAUUCUGAUCAGAUACCCUUUGUUGAGUCUGGUGAUUAUGUUGCUUAUAACAAUGAGAACGGUGGGGUCCUUCAGAAAUUAAAGGAAGAUGACGUUGUUGACUUGGAUGCUGAGGUGAGUGGUAUACCUGAAUGGGUAUCAUUUAAGGCGAUGGUUGAGUCAUGGCUUGCUGAUGCAGUCUUGUAUGAACUAUGGGUGGGUUCUGAUGGCAAGUCAGCACACAAGAUUUAUUACUCUGAUCUCCCUUGGCCAAUAGGAAAGAUUUUGUACUAUAAGCAAGUCUAUGCGGUGAAACUACUACUUGGGAUAACAUCAGAGAAUGCAGAAAGAAGGGAAGAAGAGAUAUAUCGAAGAGCAACUGUUGCAUAUAGUGCUUUGUCAGCUAGGUUGGGAGAACAAACCUUUUUCUUUGAAGAUAGGCCAACAAGUUUGGAUGCAGUUUUCCUUGGGCAUGCUCUGUUUACGCUUCUUGCUUUACCUGAAACAUCUGUUCUAAGAAGUAAGCUCUUGGGUCAUGCUAAUCUUGUGAAGUAUGCUGAGAAUCUUAAACUGGAGUACAUAGAUGCCAGUUCGUCAUCUUCAUCAGUUCCUCAGUCAGAUCCCUCAUCAUCAGCUUCAAAACGAGGCCCUUCAUAUUGGAGUUCGAAGCCAAAGAGCAAACCUACUAGGGAGAAGACAGAGGAAGAGAAGAAGUUCAGGAGACGCGCUAAAUACUUUCUUGCUACUCAGCUUGUUGCUGUUUUGAUUUUCCUUUCCAUUCUUGGUGGAUCUAAUGAUGCUGAAGUAGAGCUUGGUGAUGAUGAUGACAGCUUCGGUUAUGAGUAGGAAUUAACCUCUCAGAUAGAGAUUUAUUUGUCUCCAAAUUUUCGUGUUUUCUAGUUCGACUUGCUAGGGUUUGAGAAAAUCGGCAAAUAUGCAAGUCAUUGGGUUUCCUUUUCCUGAAGAAGCAUGCUAGUGAGUUUUAGACUAAAUCAUCUCUUGUACUAAGCUACAGAAGUUGAGCAUAAGCAUAAAUGCAAUUUCGCCCAUUGGCAGAGAUGGAUUGAGAAACUGUCAAUUGCUUUCAACAUUGAACUCAUUAUUGUUUGCUUUAUGUCUGUAGUCCAAAUGUACGAUUGAUGAUGAUGUUGUUUGACCUUGAGUGUCUCGUAUUAAAAUGCUCUUGAAAUA